GGGUCCCAACCGCACCGUGAUCCCCCCCAGCCCCCCGUGAUCGCCGCCGGAUCCCCGCGGGGUGAGGGAUGGACACGUCGGAGCCGGGCAGCGCGGCCGAGGAGGACGAGGAGAAGGCGCCCGAGCCGCGGCCCCGGACCCGCUCGAACCCCGAGGGCGCCGAGGACCGGGCGCUGAGCGCCCAGGCCAGCGUGGGCAACCGCAGCGAGGGCGAGGGCGAGGCCGCCAGCGCCGACCACAGCCCGCAGGGCACCGCCGGCCCCGACGGCACCGCCUGGCCCGGCCCCGCCGCGCCCACCGAGGUGCAGGUGAAGACCCCCCGAGUGAACUGCCCCGAGAAGGUGAUCAUCUGCCUGGACCUGGCCGAGGAGAUGGCAGUGCCCAAACUGGAGUCCUUCAACGGGUCCAAGACCAACGCGCUGAACAUCUCCCAGAAG